AUGUUGCGGUGGGUAGAGAGUCGCGAGAGCAGCAGUGACCGCAGUCGCUUUUCGCGCACCGUCUGGCCUCCGCGCACAUUGCCGAACGCACGCUCACAACUGAAGUACUUAAAGUGUAUGAGGAUGCGAGCCGGUGUGUUGUGGAGCGCGGUGGCGUUGGCACUUCUCGCCAUCACCAGCGCACUUCGAACCACUCAGGUAAGUCACUAUCUACUGUAG